AAUUUAAAACCGUGUAUAAAACACAACAAUCAAUGUCCCUGUUAAAAGCACUGAGCCUCUUCUACCAAUACUUCUCAGAACAGAUAUUUAAUUAACGUAAAACGCCUGAAAGCAGCAGAGACCACGUGAUGAAGAAAGAGAGCUGUAGUAAAGAUGGCGGCCGUGAUAGCAGAGCUGAUGUUGAGAGACGGACAAAGAGAGAAAAUAAGCGUUAAAGUUGAAAAUAAUCUUUGUUCUCUCAUCAGUGGAGUUCAUGAGCUGAACACGAACGUGUCGCAGCUCCUCAGCAAUCUGGUGGAGCAGGAAAAGACCUGCGGAGACUGCGCAGAAGGCGAAGAAACGGAUGAGGGCAGUGAUGAAGAAAACGAGCCUCCAAGCUCUUACCUACAGCCUCCAGCUAAAAAAUCCAAAAGCUGACACACCGGAGGACAAACUUCUGAAACCUAUAGACUUGAGGACGCAAUGUUUUUUGUUCGUACACAUUUGGGAGGUCUAUCGUAAUACAUAUAAUAAAUGUUUUAUUUCGUUUA